UAGUAUGUUGAAAGAGGAAGUAAAAGUAACUUUGGAGUGAUAAAACAGUUUGAUGGUUGAAUGCUUUUAGUACACAUUUCCAGUUAUUCAGAACAAUUUUCAUUAGGUUGUUGCACAUUUUGCAAGAGACUGGAAUUGUCUAGGCACUUGAAGUUCGAUACAAUAUUUCAAAGGGAAUUGUGUGAAAAAGGACUUUAUUUCUCUUCAGUUGAGAAUUUACUGAGUUGAAGGCUAUGCACAAACACAAGACGCUAAAAAAGCUGGAUUACAAAAAACAAAAUUACGUAUGUAAAGGCAAGUAUAGGGGAACAGUUGUUACCCGGUAGCUAACUAAACACAA